AUGCGACGAGCUGUACAGAGGUGUUCGAAAUUACAGCGAUCUCAGGAAAAUCCCCGGGCCCUGAAUGUGCACUACGAAACUUUGGAGAAAGACUACGAUGAUUGCAUGGGGAGAGCGUUUGAUCACCUUGGUCUAUCUGGCAGUUAUGGCAAGGAGAACCUGUUGAAGGUGGCCAGGAAAUUCGAUUUGCAGAGAAUGACGGAAGAAAAUCGCAGCAAAUACGCCAUUAGUCUUCUUACUACAGAGCAGAUUAUACAUAAUUCCAGUAGAGUGCAAGUCCAAUCGGCAAUAGAUACAAAUGCAGAGGUGGGGACGGCAAAUAAGCAGAUGGCGGAACUUGCAGGGUACUCCAGAUAG